AAAUUUCGGAGUAUGUACCGGUACCGCACCACUCGGCUCUUCUUGGAUGUUCAAGCGUUCAAGUGCCUGAGCUUGAUGACUGAUCGUGCGGAACCAGCUAGCUAGCGGGGUUGAUCCGACCCUUCCGAGGACCUGCCACUCCCAAUGAAAGCUGCCUCACUCAACGAUCUCUCACAAUUUUGAGCUCUCGACCUCUUUCUAUAGCUAGCCAGCCAAACCGUAUCACCUUUGCAACCAUGGGCGCCAACCAAUCGACCAAAUCGCUUCAAGAAUACACCAAGGAAGAGAUCGGCAGCACAGUCGCUUCCUACGGUGCCAAAUUCCAAGAAUACCAAGCCGUCAUUAUCGCCAAUGGCAUGGACGGGGGCUUUUUGACUUCCAUCGAGACCGAACAAGACUUUCUGGAGACCCUGGAUGAUCUCGAGAUUCACCAACGGCUUCACCGCAAAAAGUUGCUGCGAGAAUGGAGCAAGGCCACCGGUAAUGCCAUGCCUCGUAACAGCCUUCGUCACAGCGUAAGCAUAGACAGUGCGGCCAGCCCCGCGCAGAGUCAAGCCCGGGAAAUGAUGGGUGCCAUCGACGCGGAGAAUGUCGCACUACGUCGGAGUCUGGAAGCGCUUCAUGUGGACCAAAAACGACACUCCAGCUUGGAAAAACGAAAGGCUCCACCCAAGGACCAGGCAGUCAUUGUCUUGACGGACAUUGAAGAAUCCACCAGUCUCUGGGAAACCAAUCCCAUCGUCAUGCGACAGGCCUUGAACCUCCAUGACAAGAUUAUGAGAAGUCAGAUUGCGGUACACGCCGGAUAUGAAAUCACCACCGAGGGUGAUGCCUUUUCCGUGGCAUUCCAUGAUGCCACGGAUGCGCUCAACUUUGCUCUGCGCUUGCAAGAAGCCAUGAACGCUGUCGCAUGGGCUCCCGAGCUGCUCCGCCUUCCAUGGGCCGCCGAUGACGGCAAGGGUCGACGAGGACUGCGAGUACGGGUCUCCAUGCACCUGGGCAGUGUCAAGCAAAUGAAGGAUCCUUGCUCCGAUCGCAUCAGCUACAGCGGGGAUGCCGUGGACACGGCCAAGAGCCUGGAAAGCUUGGCCGUGGGAGGCCAAAUCAUUGCCAGUCUGCAAACCUGGGAAGCGGCAAACGAAGCUGAAGUGGGUGCACCACUGGUAUCUCUUUUGGGGACCCAUCUUGUGGCCCAAAAAAGAGACUGCACUGCAGAGCCUACAUCCGUCAACAUUCUCGAGGUAGCGCCUCCUUCCUUGAACAUUAUUGGAAAGACCAAGGAGCAGACCAAGACGACAGCACCAGUCGCGACUAGUACGUCAAGUACCUCGACAGAUUGGCUUCGCGGCAUGAUCCGUGGUGUCGCUACUACGACGCGAGUUUCAUAGACGUGCUCGCAGCAAAGCAUGUAGAUACAACACCGUAACACUGUAUAAGUCUAGCUAGAUCCAUUUGCACAUC